ACUAAUAAGGACUGCGAUCCGGCUGGCGAUCCCACUGUGACUUUUAUUUCCAAGUCCUGGAAUCCGGAAUCAGACUGAUCGUAAUCACACAUGGAGUAUACUCUUUUCGCUGUUUUUUGUUUGUUUCUGCUGUAGAGGAAACUUUCUCACCAACUGUUUUCAAGUAGGACUGCUGCCUAGAGACAAAGCCAUGAGUUUCCUGUUAAGAUGGACUUCUUUCCUUUGGACUGUAACUUUCAUUCCCUGCACUUUUGGAAUGGCAGUGAGUGCACGAACAGAUGGCUCUUGUCCCCCUCUGAGUGUAGAGGAGCACAUGUUUUCUGAUGUCUUAGAUCGUCCCCUGGAAAUCACAGGAUUUGAUCUCACAGAAAAGUUUCUUCUCCGAAAGGGAACAAUCACAGAGGACCUGCUGUCAUUUCGUUUAGGAAGCAGUCCCCUCAUUAAGCCAACAAAAGGGAUAUUCCCAAAUGGGCUUUCAAGUGAAUACUCCCUUGUUACCAUCUUCCGGGUAAGAAGAACUACAAAAAAAGAACGCUGGUAUCUUUGGCAGAUAUUCGACCAGUCGGGAGGCAGUCAGGUAUCUGUUGUGGUCGAUGGAACCAAGAAGUUGGUGGAGUUUUCUUUCCAGGGCCAGCUAAAGAACAUUCUCCGCUACUCAUUUAGGAGCCGUGAUCUACAUGCACUUUUUGAUCGCCAGUGGCACAAGCUGAGCAUUUCAGUACAGAGCAACAUUGUCUCCAUUUACAUGGACUGCAAGCUAAUAGAAAGGAGACUGACUGAUGAGAAGGACAGCAUCGACCCCAGUGGGCGCACUCUCAUCACCACGCGGAUUGAAGAUGGCCGACCUGUAGAUAUUGAACUGAAACAAAUCCUGAUCUACUGUGACCCUUAUAUGGCCGAAAUGGAAAAUUGCUGUGAGCUACUGGGGCCAAAGUGUGAAGCCAAGAAGACCUUUAAUGGGACUUCCCCUCCCCUGGUUACAGCCCAGCUCCCCCAGAUGCUGUCUCAGCCGGCCUUAAAGUCAAUUGACAGAUGUCACUGUCCAGCUGAAAAGGGGGACACGGGGGAGGCCGGGCCUUCAGGAAACGCAGGACAUAAGGGGGAACUUGGAUCAGAUGGGGAAAAGGGAAUCGAUGGGGAGAAGGGUGAUGACGGUCUGCCUGGAGCUCCGGGGCUGCCUGCUGACAAAGAAUGUCUCAACGGAUAUCAGGGCCCUUCUGGUGACAAAGGAGAGAAGGGAUUGGCUGGGGUGCCGGGUCAGCCAGGGGAACCAGGCAAAGAGGGCAAAAGGGGACGGAGAGGAAAGACUGGGGAGCCUGGACUCAGAGGCCUGCCUGUGGAGAGUGGUGAGUCUGCAGUCCUGUGGGGAAAAGGAGAGAGAGGGGACCCUGGUCAGCCAGGUGCUGAAGGGGCCGGCGGGAUGAAAGGACAAAAAGGUGAUGCUGGUCCUCCUGGUCCCGAUGAAAUGAACACCCAAAAGGGAGAUGAGGGCGAGAGAGGAACUCAAGGACUGCAAGGCUUCAAGGGAAACAUCGGGCCGCCAGGACUCGAGGGGAAUCAAGGACCAGAGGGUAAGCAAGGCCUGCCUGGACCCACUGGUCUCCCAGGACUCCCAGGCGAGCCAGGCUCGCCAGGGGAGGCAGGGUUGCCUGGGAGAGAUGGCCUGAGAGGAGAAAAGGGGGAUUCUGUUGGAGUGAUGGGGCCACAGGGAUCUAAGGGUGAGCCUGGAGAGCCUGGAGGUGGAUAUAUGGGAGAUGGAUUGUCUCUAAGCAGAGGGACUCGUGGGCCCAAGGGUGAGAGAGGUGUCCCAGGACUGCCAGGAGACCACGCUGAAAAAGGCGAACCUGGAGAGAGUAUCACAGGCUCGCCUGGCCGCAUGGGACCCCCAGGAAAGCAGGGAAUUGAGGGCCCUCGCGGAACCUCAGGUUUAUCUGGCCCUCCUGGAGCUCCAGGAAGAGAGGGCUCUCCUGGUAGACCAGGACUCAUGGGCCCUGCUGGACCGCCAGGUGCACCAACUGCCCUGCCAAUUGUUGGAGACAUGGGUGCAUUACUCAAGAAUGCCUGCAGUGUGUGCCAGACGAGAACCCCAGGGCUUCCUGGCCAGAAGGGAGAGAAGGGGUCCCAUGGAGCGCAAGGAUUAGAAGGCCUCGUGGGAGAAAAGGGGGAUCCAGGUGUAAGAGGUCCUAUGGGUAACCCUGGAAAAGAAGGCCCAAAGGGAGUAAAAGGAGAGAGAGGGUUCUCAGGCCCCGCAGGAGAUAAAGGUGAUGAGGGGACUUCUGGUGUACCAGGACUUCCUGGUGUGACUGGCCGCACAGGGGCCACAGGGCUAAUGGGUAGACCUGGGCCAAUGGGCCAACUAGGAGGCAGAGGAGAAAAAGGAAAUGAAGGACCCUCAGGCAGACCAGGGCUUCCUGGGCCUCCGGGUUUACCCAACGUGGAGGGCAUUGGGAUGAGCAGUCUGUACAAGCUGCAGAGUGGUGGAGCUAUUUUAGGACCCCCUGGAGCUCCUGGUGCUCCGGGUCCCAAGGGAGACGAAGGACUUGUAGGGGAACCAGGGGCAAUGGGAUUACCCGGGCUUGAAGGGCUACCCGGUGCCAAGGGUGAUAAUGGUUUGCCUGGUCUACCUGGGAUACAAGGUCCUCCAGGGAAGCCCAGCACUCGUGGAGAGCCAGGGAUCCCAGGAGAGCCGGGUGAGAGGGGGCCGCUCGGAGAGACAGGAUUCCCAGGGCCCGAGGGACCCCAAGGUGUUGCUGGGAGACCUGGAAAAGAUGGAACUCCUGGAUACAAGGGCUCUACUGGUACAACAGGGGACAGAGGAUCCAAAGGAGAACGUGGUGAUACAGGGAUUCCUGGAGAAAGAGGUGUUCAAGGCGAGAGGGGUCGCACAGGGGAUUUUGGCCCGAUUGGACAGAUCGGACCACCAGGUCAAAAAGGAGAUAGCGGCUCUCCAGGACAUUUGGAGAAAGUAAACCUCUUGGGUGAUCCCAGCUUCAUGGAAGAAUUAAAAAUGUUCAUCAGAAACGAAGUACUGAGGGUCUUUGAAGAGAAGCUAUCAAGCGCUGCCAUGCAGCAGAAAACACCUGCAGGGAUCUUAGCUUCACAACUCCAUGGGCCUCCGGGACCUCGUGGAAAAGACGGAUUACCAGGAACGCCAGGAGAGCCCGGACCUCCUGGUCCUCAUGGGUACAGGGGUCAGAAAGGAGAACGAGGUCAGCUUGGUCUGGGGUUACCAGGAGACCCAGGAUCCGUGGGGCAACCAGGCCCUCCUGGGAUCACUACUCGGGGCCCUCCUGGCUCUCCGGGGCCCCGUGGAUCUCAUGGGACAUGUGACCCCAGUGACUGUCUCCUUCCACCCCUUUGAGCCCAGCGGAGCCGCUUCCAGUACAAACGUCCAGAAGGUCGGCCUCGCUGUCUGUAAACUGCUUCCUCAGCUCUGGUUCAUCGGACUGACUCCCAGCUGACCUCUUUUGAUCACUUUACAAAAACAGUUGGACGAAGUCAGGAUUAUUCUUUAAUGGGUUUUGUUUUCAAUGGAAAAGAAAACCUUUUGAGGGUUUUUUUCUUUUCUUUUCUUUGUUUCAAUGCUGUACUUUCAAGGCAUUUCUUGCUUUCACAUCCCCUACUGUGAUGUAAUGCAUUCCUUGUCAUCUCUCAUUAUGUCUUUCAAGACCAUGAAAUUACUUUGUUAUAUCAAGUUCAGUCCUGUCAAAAAACAUGAUCUUAAUAGUUUGUUUGCCUCCGUAAUAAGCAUGCAAUUUCACUCUUCUGUUCUAAUUCAGAUUAGCCAAUGUGCUGGCAGGAGGUACAUCUCACGUGUGUGUGUGUGUGUGUGUGUGUGUGUGUGUGUGUGUG